ACAGCAACGCUCAACACCGAGCGAAUUUGAGGGAGAUGGGAAGAAAUGAGGUCUGAUAAGGACCAAAUGACCGCGGGUAAGGAGAGAAGCAUCUUCGAGAUACAAUUGAAAGACGUCCCAAGAGAGCAAGAAAACAUUCCCGCCAACGCCAAGCCGAAAGAAGAGAAGAAGGAGGUUUUCACCAAGGUGGUUAUUCGAAGACUCCCUCCUAACCUGUCAAAGGAACAACUGGAAGAGCAUCUCAGUCCUCUUCCAUCUUAUGACUACUUUGAGUUUUUCCCAGCAGAUCAAAGUCUCUAUCCCCACCUCUUCUCCAGAGCUUAUAUCAACUUUAAAAGCACAGAAGACAUCCUGCUGUUCAGGGAUCGAUUUGAUGGCUAUGUCUUUAUUGACAACAAGGGUCAGGAAUAUCCUGCUGUGGUAGAGUUUGCGCCUUUCCAGAAGAUUUCCAAAAAGAAGCUGAAGAAGAAAGAUGCCAAAGCCGGAAGUAUUGAAGAAGAUCCAGAAUACAAGCGCUUUUUGGAAAACUACUCCUGUGAUGAGGAGAAGUCCAUGGCUAAUCCUGAGACACUUCUUGGGGAGAUAGAAGCUAAGACCAAAGAGCUCAUUGCCAAACGGACAACGCCUCUCCUGGAGUACAUCAAAAACAAGAAAAUCGAAAAACAGAGAAUAAGAGAGGAGAAGAGAGAAGAGAGAAGAAGAAGGGAGCUUGAAAAGAAAAGGCAACGGGAGGAGGAGAAACGAAAGCGCCGAGAGGAGGAGAGACGCAAGCGAAAAGAGGCAGAGAAGCAGAAGAAGCUGUCCGAUAAAGACAUCAAAAUUAAGCUCCUAAAGAAGAGUGACAGAGACGAUGACGUUGAUUCUGACCGGAUGAAGGAAAAAAGUGAGCCUUGUGAUGCAGGCGUGGGCAAGUGGGAGAAAACUGGAGGACAAAUGAAGUCAAAAGAACCAAAAGAAAACAGAGGUCAGGCUGAGAGCGACAAAGAGCAGAGAGAUCAGCACGGCCGCAGGCAGAGAGAAAAGGACCACCGCGGCAAGGACGAGGAAAGAAAAAGGCAACGACACCACUACGAAUUCGACAAGUUCAUGCGGCGGAAAGACGAGACCAAAUGGGGGAAGGGCUACUGCCAGGACCGAGCCAAGAAAGAGGGCCAUCAUCAUGGCUAUUCUUACUGUCCUGACGGGGCAGAUAAAAUGGGAAAGGAGGACAGGGAGGACCUGAGCAACAGAAAGGAACGCCUCCGAAACAAGGUGAGCGAGAAGGACCGUCCUGCCAUGCAGCUCUAUCAGCCGGGCGCACGCAACAGGAAGCGCAUGAGUUCAGCUAAUAAAGGCUACGACUGCCUCGCCAUGGGCCAUUCCCCCGAAUGCAGGACGGAGCAUUGUUAUGAGGUCGUUGCCAUGACAGCGGGACUGGAAAGGGGGUUUGAGAAAAGCAAAGACGAGCAGUGAAUACUCUGGGACUCAAGAGGAAAGUAGUGGGGCAUAAAAAUCAGUUUUAAGGGGAAGCUGCUGUCAUUGGUUGACUGAUUUCUUUCUUCCUGUUUGUAGGUUGGUAAUGAAAUUGUAUCUGUGGAACUUUCUUCCUGCUAUCUGACUUUCAGGCCUGUCAACUUUUAAGGUCCCCUACUCUUGCUCUUUGUGGUAAAGAGGUGUUUCAGUUCAGACAUCCAGGAAAAAUUUACUUUCAAGAAUAUCACCUUGCCUUCUGCAUGAGAACUUCUUUCCAAUAUUUAGCAUAUUUUGUCAUUUGUGUUGUUUUUAGUUGUCUUACGUAUAUAAAGAUAUAUAUAAAGAAAACUGACAGCAGAUCUUUAAAAAGUAGGGUAAGAAAUGUCCUUUACUAUAUUUACAGGCAACCAGCAGACUAAAAAUUGAUUAUAAAAUCAAAUUUCAAUGACACGAUUUUUUUUGUGUCUGUAAUGCGUUGUACAUAAUCAACUACAGUGCCACAAGAAAGUAUCCUUUUAUGCUUUUCCAUAUUUUAUUGCAUUAAAACUGAUUUGGGUGUAGCUUUCUUCAUAUAGCUUACUAUAUUUAGUUUGCUUAUAGUACAGUGUUCUAUAAAAAUGUUAAAACGACAAUUUUAUAAGUAAGAAAAGAAAACAAACAAAUAUAGUAGGUACAUAAGUAUUCACAACAUCAGAUCACAACUGAUGAGCAGCAGUAACAUUUGAUGAAUUUUGUGGUUGAACGUGAUUGCCACUAGAACACAUUUGUUCAUACGAGGUCCGGCAGUGUACAGAGCAAAAACCAAGGAGUUUUCUGUAAGACCCCCCCAAAACUGGAACUAUUAAAUCACAAAAACUAGCAUGCAUCACCACUGUCAUCUUUUGGUAAUGCAUCAACAGAAGCCUUAUCCAGGACGUUGCAACUCAUUACCCUGAACCUCAGAGGAGGGUAAAAAAAAAAUCUUCCAGCAAACACAAUGACACAAAGCACACAGUCAAAAUACCAAGGAAGGAGCAUCAGGGGCAAACUGUGAAUGUUCUCGAGUGACUCAGACAGAACCCAGACUUGAAUCCAGCUGAAUAUUUCUUGAAAUACCUGAAAAUGACUGAAUAUAUACAUUAAAAACAGGGUGGAAAUACCCCCAAAGCAGUGGCGCCGUGCUUAUGAACUUACUAUAUUCAAAUGUAUUUUUUUAUAAAUAUGAGAAAUGUCUGAAAAAAAUUUUAUUACUGUUUUGCAAUGGAUUAUAUUGAGCAGGUCAAAAAGAACUAAGCUCAUAUUGUUCAUAUUUGUUUUAACAUGAAGCUAUAAUCAAAUGUGGAACAGGCAAGCUGUUGUGAAUAUUUUCUUGUGGCACUGUAACAGAUGAAAGUAACAAGUUACGAAUAAAUAUGAACAACAUUUAAAACAUUUUGGAUUGAUUAGUAACAUGAUGUUUAAAAUAUAUCUUAUUAUUUUACUGCUGUCAACAAAAUAAACUGUCAAUAAAUCAAUUUUAAAAGCC